AGUUGUCUUUUUAAAAAUAUUUUCUCCAGCUUAAAUGUAUCAGAAGAAUUGUGGACCUUUAAAAUAAAUGCAUAUUGUAGCAGAUUGUAUACAUUGGAAAAAUAGACUAAAAUGAAGCAUGUCUAAAAAAACAAAAAAUCCCCAAAUCUAUUAAAAGUACAUUUUUAGUACCUAAGAAUGAUUGAAAUUUAAGCUGUGAGGAUGAUUAUGUUUCUUUAUCAUUUGAGAUAUGUGUCUGUGUGCAUAAAUAUAUUUAUAUACAUAUAAGAGAGAGAAAGGGAGAGUAUGUGUGUGUGUGGAGAGAAAGAGAAUACAUAAGGUACCGAUGAAACUUCAGGCUGUGGCAGUGCUCAGCAAGCACUUCAUCUGCUUCACCGAAUUUCCCAGACUUUUUGCAACUGGCAGGGCCUAGUGACUAGUUACAGCCAAUGACAUAUUAGGAAUGAACUGGGUCACUUCCAGGUCGAAGGCAUGAAAAGCUCCUGCAAUAUUCUCUAGUGUUUUCUUCCCUGGCCUCUUGAUCUAUUUAUUGCAGCAACACGACCACACUGCCCCUAUCAGUGUGCCUCCAUGCUUGUCUGGGCAGAGGGGAUCUCUCAGCCACCCUGUGUGUGACUUUUGUAGUGUGAGCAACAAAUAUACUUUUACUGUAUUAAGCCACUGAUAUUUGGAGUUUCUUUGUUAUUGCAACAAACUACUUCUGCUGACUAAUGCAAUAAAUACCUCUAGAUACUUCAAUACAAAGAGGCUAUUCGAAUACAAAACCAAAGGCAAAUUUAAUGGAAUUGAAUGUAAUAAACCAUACACUUCAAGACCUAGCUAAGAUGCCUAAAGACCACAUUUGUAGUUCUUUUUGUCAACAUUGCUGUCUUUUCACUAAAUCCAUUUUAACUGAGGUUUCCAAAGCCCCUUCUUCUGGAAACGGGAUCAUUUCUUUGUUCUCAUCCUCUUGGAUCUCCCUGCCACCAUUGUAACCACUGACCACUGGUAGUGAUUUGGACCAUAAUUGGUCACCAGUGACGAUUAUCAGUCCCUUUAGACACAUUGUAUCAUCUGCUUCAGGAACAUCGGGUCCUUCUGGUUAUUUUCAUAAUAUGUAAAUACUUUGUUUUCCUUUGUCUUGCUGAUUCCAUCUGAAAGAAGCUGAACAAAUCUCAGUCUUGGACUUUUUGCUUUCUCUAGAACGCCCUUCCCUUGGUAAGCUUGUUUUUAUGUGGUCUUAGUUCCUGCUUUCGUGAGGGACUCCAUCUGCAGCUGUUCUGAAUACCUGUGAGCAAGGAAAUUGAUUAUUCAACCAGGAUACCUAAUUCGAGAACUCCAGAAAUCAGGAGGCUGAGACGUCGUGUCCGUUUUGCGACAUUGGACCAAAGACAAUGAAGUAUUCUUGCACUGCGCUGGUUUUGGCUGUCCUGGGCACAGAAUUGCUGGGGAGCCUCUGUUCGACUGUCAGAUCCACCAGGUUCAGAGGACGGAUACAGCAGGAACGAAAAAACAUCCGACCCAACAUCAUUCUCGUGCUCACCGAUGACCAAGACGUGGAGCUGGGGUCCCUGCAAGUCAUGAACAAAACGAGAAAGAUUAUGGAACACGGGGGGGCCACCUUCACCAAUGCCUUUGUGACGACCCCCAUGUGCUGCCCGUCGCGGUCAUCCAUGCUCACCGGGAAGUAUGUGCACAAUCACAACGUCUACACCAACAACGAGAACUGCUCUUCACCCUCGUGGCAGGCAAUGCAUGAGCCUCGAACUUUUGCUGUGUAUCUUAACAACACUGGCUACAGAACAGCCUUUUUUGGAAAAUACCUCAAUGAAUAUAAUGGCAGCUACAUCCCUCCUGGGUGGCGAGAAUGGCUUGGAUUAAUCAAGAAUUCUCGUUUCUAUAAUUACACUGUUUGUCGCAAUGGCAUCAAAGAAAAGCAUGGAUUUGAUUAUGCAAAGGACUACUUCACAGACUUAAUCACUAACGAGAGCAUUAAUUACUUCAAAAUGUCUAAGAGAAUGUAUCCCCAUAGGCCCGUUAUGAUGGUGAUCAGCCACGCGGCGCCCCACGGCCCCGAGGACUCAGCCCCACAGUUUUCAAAACUGUACCCCAACGCGUCCCAACACAUAACUCCUAGUUAUAACUAUGCACCAAAUAUGGAUAAACACUGGAUUAUGCAGUACACAGGACCAAUGCUGCCCAUCCACAUGGAAUUCACGAACAUUCUACAGCGCAAAAGGCUCCAGACUCUGAUGUCAGUGGAUGAUUCUGUGGAAAGGCUGUAUAACAUGCUGGUGGAGACGGGGGAGCUGGAGAACACAUACAUCAUCUACACCGCCGACCACGGUUACCAUAUUGGGCAGUUCGGACUGGUCAAGGGGAAAUCCAUGCCAUAUGACUUUGAUAUUCGUGUGCCUUUCUUUAUCCGUGGUCCAAGCGUGGAACCCGGAUCAAUAGUGCCACAGAUUGUUCUCAACAUCGACUUGGCCCCUACGAUCCUGGAUAUCGCUGGGCUCGACACACCUCCUGAUGUGGAUGGCAAGUCUGUCCUCAAACUUCUGGACCUGGAAAAGCCAGGUAACAGGUUUCGAACAAACAAGAAGGCCAGAAUUUGGCGUGAUACAUUCCUAGUGGAAAGAGGCAAAUUUCUACGCAAGAAGGAAGAAUCCAGCAAGACUAUCCAACAGUCAAAUCACCUGCCCAAAUACGAGAGGGUCAAAGAACUGUGCCAGCAGGCCAGGUACCAGACAGCCUGUGAACAGCCUGGGCAGAAGUGGCAGUGCAUUGAGGAUACAUCUGGCAAGCUUCGAAUUCACAAGUGUAAAGGACCCAGUGACCUGCUCACGGUCCGACAGAGCACGCGGAACGUCUACUCUCGAGGCUUCCAUGACAAGGACAAAGAGUGCAAUUGUAGGGAGUCUGGUUAUCGCGCCAGCAGAAGCCAGAGGAAGAGUCAAAGGCAGUUCCUGAGAAACCAGGAGACUCCAAAGUACAAGCCCCGAUUUGUCCAUACCCGGCAGACGCGUUCCUUGUCCGUGGAAUUCGAAGGCGAAAUAUAUGACAUAAAUCUGGAAGAAGAAGAGUUGCAAGUGUUGCAACCAAGAAACAUUGCCAAGCGUCAUGAUGAAGGCCGCAAGGGGCCAGGAGACGGCGAUGGGGACGGGAUGCUGGCAGACAGCAGCAACGCCGUGGGCCCGCCUGCUACCGUCCGAGUGACACACAAGUGUUUUAUCCUUCCCAAUGAUACCAUCCAUUGUGAGAGAGAACUGUAUCAAUCUGCCAAGGCCUGGAAGGACCACAAGGCGUACAUCGAUAAAGAGAUUGAAGCUCUGCAAGAUAAAAUUAAGAACUUAAGAGAAGUGAGAGGUCACCUGAAGAGGAGGAAGCCCGAGGAGUGUGGCUGCGGCAAACAGAGCUAUUACAAUAAAGAGAAAGGUGUAAAGAAACAGGAGAAACUAAAGAGCCACCUUCAUCCAUUCAAGGAGGCUGCUCAGGAAGUGGACAGCAAGCUGCAGCUGUUCAAGGAGACCCGCAGGCGGAAGAAGGAGCGGAAGGAGAAGAAGCGGCAGCGGAAGGGGGAAGAGUGCAGCCUGCCCGGCCUCACCUGCUUCACGCACGACAACAACCACUGGCAGACGGCCCCGUUCUGGAACUUGGGAUCGUUCUGUGCUUGCACGAGUUCUAACAAUAACACCUACUGGUGUUUGCGUACAGUUAAUGAGACGCAUAAUUUUCUUUUCUGUGAGUUUGCCACUGGCUUUUUGGAGUAUUUUGAUAUGAAUACAGAUCCUUAUCAGCUCACAAAUACUGUGCACACGGUAGAACGGGGCAUUUUGAAUCAGCUGCACGUACAACUGAUGGAGCUCAGAAGUUGUCAAGGGUAUAAGCAGUGCAACCCAAGACCUAAGAACCUUGAAGUUGGAAAUAAAGAUGGAGGAAGCUAUGACCUACACAGGUAUUCACACUUUUUUAUUCUCCUCGGCAGCUUCUUCCCCCAAUAAUUGCAUGAUCCAGUCAUUUCGACUAAUUUCUGUUUCUUACCGUGUUGCGCAGAGCACAUCUUGGGAUGCAUGCUUGUUCUAACAGCAUUCUCCACCAUAUUUUGUCAUCAGUCACAGAUCUGUCAUUUUGCUUUUUAAAUCAGCUCACUGUCCCAUCGAGAUGUCUCAGAGCAUUUACUCACUCCCAUGCUUGUUUGCUUGUUGGAUGAUGCUUCUAAGCAUGGAACCAUGUGAAGGGGUAAAACCAUGUGGCCUUUUGGGAGCCCUGGGAGAGGGUGGGAGAUUGAUUUUCUUUGUGGCACUUACACACUGAUUUAUUUGGUGGAGGGGCUUCACAAAAAUGGGGCAGAGAUUUUUAUGAAAUAGAAUAUCCAAGACACAGAAGGACUAAUGAGAACUUUAAGAGCAUUCUGAAGCCACAUUUGAAGGAAACAGAAAGAACGUCCUUGUGGAUGGUCAUUAAUUAACUUUGGUGGUGGCGGACAUAAGAUUCGGAAGGCUCUGCCAUGUGGUGGAGGAGAAAGAGAAGGUGCUAGAAGCUGGGCACAGGCCAUCGGGAGAGUCAGGACACUCAGAAAGGUCUCAGCAUUGCUAACAGUACCUGGCACACGAAAAAUCCCUCACCAGCCCUGAGCCCCAUCCUCUUAUCCCCUCAACCCCCAUCCAUCCCUCCUACCUCCCUGUGCUUUGGAGGGGGGACCCAGACACCUGGGGGCCACGUCACUUGCUCACCCGGCAACAUCAGCCAUUGCUAAUUUUCCACUCCAAGCACAGACCUCAGACCGAGUCUGUUGGGAACAUGUGACGUGAGGCGGGUGGGGACUGGCCUGACCACCUCUCCCGAGGGGAAACCCAGGCACUGCUGGGUUAGCUGGUAGCCUAGCUAAUGAAUUCGCCUGGGAGAGGAACGUCCACCAAAGAAACAUGGACUCCAUUAGGUGCCAUCCAUGAUAAUAUCUUCUCAGAGAAACAGGGGAAUAGUGUUGCUCCAGGGAACCCUCUUCAGCCACCACCGUUCCCUCCAGCCUCCAGGGCUAUGGUCUCAGAGUCCUCCUUCCAAAUGACAGUAGGACAGGUGGUGGGGAAGAUGUAAACAAAGGAAGCUGGACUUUUGAGGGUAUUUUAUAGCCAUUUAUAUAUCUCUUCUAUUUUCUCUCUGCUCUCCUGUUUUUCUUCUUUCCUUUCUUCCAACUACCCCCACCAACCCCAGCACAUGUAAAACAGAGCAGAAGAACCCACUCUUAAGCGGGUAUCCCCUAGGGUCUGGGCUGACAGGGUAAUAUCCUAUACAGUGACAAGGGUCCUCAAACUUUUUAAACGGGGCCAGUUCACUGU